AUGACAUCAAGAGGCUUGGUUGAAAAGGACUUUGAGCAGAUUGGAGAGUUCCUUCACCGUGCUGUGACUCUGACACUAGAGAUCCAGAAGGAGCAUGGCAAACUUUUGAAGGACUUCAACAAGGGCUUGGUUGACAACAAAGCUAUUGAAGAACUCAAAGCUGAUGUUGAGAAGUUCUCUUCCUCAUUUGGUAUGCCUGGUUUCCUGGUAUCUGAGAUGAAGUACAAGGAUUAA